AUGGCCUCGGGCAAGGCGGCGGGGGAGCGGCGGUGGGAGCUGGUGCGCUGGUACGUGCGAGAAGGCCGCUUUCGGAUCGAGGAGAGGACGCUGACGGCUUUCCAGUGGCUGUACUCACCCCACCAGCACCGCAUCGUCAGCCGGGCGGACCUGGGCUCCCCCAGCAGGAUCGACAAGACGAUGCUCGCCAGCCUGAAGAUCAAGAAACAGGAGCUGCUGAACAGCACGGAUGUGACCGUCCCGGAGCGGCCGCUGUCCCCCCCUCUCACCGCCCCGCCGACCAUGAAGUCUGCAGAAUUCUUCGAAAUGCUGGAAAAAAUGCAGGCACCAAAACUUGAAGAACAGAGAACUGGAAGCCAAAAACAUAAGGAAGACUACAUCCCGUACCCCAGCAUUGAUGAGAUCCUAGAGAAGGGCAGCCCGUACCCGCUGAUCAUCCUGCCCCAGUUCGGGGGAUACUGGAUCGAAGACCCAGAAAACCUCGGCACGCCCACCUCGUCCGACAGCAGCAUCUGCGAGGAGGAGGAGGAGAACCUCAGCCCCAGCACCUAUGGCUACAAGCUGGAGUGCAAAGGAGAGGCCAGAGCCUACAGGAAGCAUUUCCUGGGGAAGGAUCAUUUAAAUUUUUAUUGUACAGCCAGCAGCCUCGGAAAUCUGAUCCUUUCUAUUAAGUGUGAGGAGGCAGAUGGCACUGAAUAUUUAAGGAUUAUACUCAGGUCCAAAGUGAAGACGUUGCAUGAAAGGAUCCCCCUGGCAGGAUUUAGCAAGCUCCCUAGUAUCCCCCAGAUUGCGAAGGCCUUCUGCGACGAUGCCUCCGGGCUGAAGUUUAACCCGGUUCUGUACCCCAAGGCGUCCCAGAUGAUAGUGUCUUAUGAUGAACAUGAGGUCAACAACACGUUCAAGUUCGGUGUGAUCUAUCAGAAGUUCAGGCAGACCCAAGAGGAGGAGUUGUUCGGCAAUAAUGAAGAGAGUGCUGCCUUCAAGAACUUCUUAAGUUUUCUGGGAGACACCAUAACACUCCAGGACUUCAAAGGUUUUCGAGGAGGUCUGGAUGUCAGCCACGGGCAGACGGGAGCAGAGUCUGUGUACACGGUUUUCAGGGACAGGGAGAUAAUGUUUCACGUCUCUACAAAGCUGCCUUUUACCGAAGGAGACACACAACAACUCCAGAGGAAGAGGCACAUUGGCAAUGACAUUGUGGCAAUCAUCUUCCAAGAAGAGAACACGCCGUUUGUCCCAGACAUGAUCGCCUCCAACUUCUUGCACGCCUACAUUGUCGUGCAGGUGGAAAACCCCGAGGCAGAUAACACGGCGUACAAGGUGUCGGUCACGGCCCGGGAAGAUGUCCCCUCCUUCGGCCCGCCCCUGCCGAGCCCGCCAGUGUUCCAGAAGAACCCCGAGUUCCGCGAGUUCCUGCUGACCAAGCUCAUCAACGCCGAGAACGCCUGCUGCAAGUCCGACAAGUUUGCGAAGCUGGAGGACCGGACGCGGGCCGCCUUGUUGGACAACCUUCACGACGAGCUCCACGGGCACACGCAGACCAUGCUGGGGCUGGGGCCAGAGGAGGACAAGCUGGAGAACGGGGGUCACGGAGGCUUUCUGGAGUCUUUCAAGAGAGCCAUCCGGGUGCGCAGCCACUCCAUGGAGACGAUGGUGGGCAGCCAGAAGAAGCACCACGGCGGCGGCAUCCCGGGCAGCCUCAGCGGGGGCAUCGCGCACAACAGCGGCGAGGUGACCAAGACCACCUUCUCGCCCCCCGUAUCAGCAGCUGCCACCAAGAACCAGUCCCGGAGCCCCAUCAAGCGCCGUUCGGGGCUGUUCCCUCGCCUGCACACGGGCUCUGAGAGCCAGGUGGAGAGCAGGACAAGGUGCGACAGUGUUUCUGGAGCCCAGAAGACACCAGAUUUGGGACAUUCUUCCCAAGAGAUGAAAUCUGAAACCUCGUCCAACCCCAGCUCCCCUGAAAUAUGCCCCAACAAAGACAGGCCGUUCAUUAAGCUGAAAGAGAACGGGAGGUCGAACAUCUCCCGUUCCUCCUCGAGCACCAGCAGCUUCAGCAGCACGGCGGGGGAGAGCGAGACCCUGGAGGAGUACGACAGCGUGGGAAGCCAGCCGUCUACGGCGUCGCCGUUCAAGCAGGACGUGUUUGUCUACAGCGCCUCGCCCGGCAGCGAGAGCCCGAGCGUGGGGGCCGCGGCCACCCCCGUGAUCAUGAGCAGGAGCCCCACAGAUAUGAAGAACAGAAACUCUCCGAGGUCAAACCUGAAGUUUCGCUUCGACAAGCUCAGCCACGGCAGCUCCAGCACGAGCCACUAGCAGGAAGAAGUCGUCAUGAACUUGUGAAAGAGAAUUUUUGUUUCAACAAAGGGAAAACUCUUCAAACAUCCUGUGGGAAAAUGCACGCCCCGGCCGCAGGCAGCGAGGUGCCCUCCCCUCCCGGCUGCACCUCUGCGCCGGGAAGAAGCUCUCACCUUGCCGCGAUCUCUGCCCUGACAGGGACCCAGCCACCUUCCCACCGGGUGAACCCCUCGCCAGCAAACGCCCCGUGCCCCUCCCUCUGCGCCGCGGGAGGAGAUGUGUCCCUGACUGCGUGUGGCCGGGGGCCACGUCCCCUCUGCGGUGCUGUGCUGUGUCUCCCCGUGGGCGCCCGUGCGUGCUGCGGCUGAUGGGUACCAUGCGGGCGCCGUCCGUCCCCCCCUCCCGACUCACCUCCCGGCUCCUCUGGGGCAGAGGGGGAGGAAGCAGGACGGACCCCCCCCGCGCAGUUCAGGUUUUAUUUGCAGUUAUCAGUGGCGAAACGGGUUUUUAUGUUUGGUUUUUGGCAGGGUAGGUGGUCAGGGCAAAAUUAUGUGUUUGCUUGGCCCCGGGGCAGUUCCCCGCCCCGCCAUGGUUUG